AUGCCUGCCAUGGCCGAGGUGAAGCCACUGCGCAAGCCGAAAGCCAGGAGCAAGGCAGGAGAAGGAGACGUGCAAGACUUCAGCGAGACCAAGGUCAGGGAUCCGACUUCGAAGAAGUCUGCUCCCUUGAAGCGUCUCGCAGAGACAGACGACUCAGACGAUGACCGCAAGCGCUUGCGGUUUGAUUUCCUACACGAUCCGACCGAGAUUGGUCGCAUGCAGGCCAUCCAGUCUGCAAGAAAUCAGCGCCGUCAGAGACCCCGCAAGAUACGCCGGCAGCUAAGCUCCGACUCGGAUGUCAGUGAGCCUGAGAUCGAGCGGGCCAGCUUCAACGCGCCAGCAACCGGUGCCCAGCCGACAAAGAUUGAGCCACAGCAAGAUGAUGACUCCGAGAUCGAGCGGGCCAGCUUCACCGCGCCAGCAACCGGUGCCCAGCCGACAAAGAUCGAGCCACAGCAAGAUGAUGACUCCGAGAGUGAGGACGACGUAGGACAGCAUCGGAAGAAACCUUUCCGGCUGGAGUAUCGUCGUCCACGUUGCGAUCCUGGCACGUCUCUUCUUCGAAACAUUUGGCUCGGACGAGGUGUAUCCCCCGAGGAGCGUCGUCGAAUCUUGGAACCAUUAAUUCGGGCAGAGCUCAAGGCUUGGAAGGCUGCGAAGGCUGCAGAGGCUGCGAAGGCUGCAGAGGCUGCCAAGGCUGCAGAGGCUGCCAAGGCAAGGAGCUCUCCUUGUUGA